AUGGUUCCUAAGGAUUACUCCUUGGCAAUGAACUGCGCAGAAAUGACCCUGUAUCAGUUUCUAGACAUGAACAGUUCUGUUUUACUGGAGCGGCUGGCCCGCACACUCUCCUUCCUUACCUGGGAGCUCGAGAGUCAGCAAGUGUUUCAUUCAAGUAAAAUGGAGAUACCACAGGUUUCUGUUUCUUUCAUAGUUCCUGGAAACUUUUUGACAAAGAACACAUGGAAGAGCUAUGCCCAAAAGCAUGAAGCACACUGCCCAGCUUCACACUCACCUUCAUGCCCAAACACACAACACACCACCCAGCCUCACACUCAUGUUCAUGCCCAAACCCACAACACACCGCCCUCUCACACUCUCCAUCAUGUCCAAACCCACACCACACCACCCACUCACACUCACCAUCGUGUCCAAACCCAUAACACACCACCCAGCCUCACACUCACCACUGUGUCCAAACCCACAACACACCACCCAGCCUCACACUCACCAUCGUGCCCAAACCCACAACACACCACCCAGCCUCACACGCACCAUCGUGCCCAAACCCACAACACACUGCACAGCCUCACACUCGCCAUAGUAUCCAAACCCACAACACACCGCCCACUCACACUCACUGUGUCCAAACCUACAACAUACCACCCAGCCUCACACGCACCAUCGUGUCCAAUCCCACAACACACAACCUACUCACACUUACCAUCGUGCCCAAACCCACAACACACCACCCAGCCUCACACUCACCAUCGUAUCCAAACCCACAACACACCGCCCACUCACACUCACUGUGUCCAAACCUACAACAUACCACCCAGCCUCACACUCACCAUCGUAUCCAAACCCACAACACACCACCCACUCACACUCACCAUUGUGUCCAAACCCACAACACACCACCCAGCCUCACACUCACCAUCGUAUCCAAACCCACAACACACCACCCACUCACACUCACCAUUGUGUCCAAACCCACAACACACCGCCCACUCACACUCACCAUUGUGUCCAAACCCACAACACACCGCCCACUCACACUCACCAUCGUGUCCAAACCCAUAA